UGUUGCGAACAGUUUAACAUAAUUAUGGAAUCGCUAUGGGAUUCAUACAACCAAACGGUGACCACUUCUAGCGCGGACGAGAUGUCGAAGACCUUAUUUCAUUGGUUAGAACGCAACUGUUGUCUCAUUCAGUUGAGGAAAGAUGUGUUGAAUUCGUUACGCUUUCUCAGCACUUCAACAAACAUAUUGACUGAUCCCAAGUCAUUGCCAGACGAGGCUGUAUUGGCGGUCACGAAGAAAGAGAAACCAUUUCAGUCAGUCAUGGAUGACAGCGCAGGCUAUUCCAGAGGCAGCAGUCCGUUCAACAGCAGUGUGUUAACCGAGAACACCGACGAUUUCAUCGUUGGCGACCGCGUUUGGGUGAAUGGCACCAAACCCGGGUACUUGCAGUUCAUCGGUGAGACCAAGUUUGCGAAGGGCGUGUGGGCGGGCGUAGUGUUAGACGACUUCUCCGGCAAGAACGACGGCUCCAUUCACGGCGUCCGCUAUUUCCAGUGCGAACCCUAUCGCGGAAUAUUCGCGCGUUUGUAUCGUUUGACUCGAUUCCGGUUGGGAAGAGACGGCAAAUAUCACGCCGACGACUGCUUGUUGAAGACCAGAAGAUCCACAACACCUGAUGGCAGAGUGCGAACCACGACCACCCAAUACACUACCAGCCCUGCCUUUCACUACGCGCUGCCCACCCGUCCCUCCAAAGCGACGACUCGCGUGAUCACCACUACCGUCGACGACAACAACAACUGGAAUAACGGCCACUUUAAGAUCGGGGAACUGGUGGUCGUGGAUACGAAGGACAGGGGUUUCCAGCCGGGAAGGGUGCGCUACUUCGGCACCACAUCGUUCGCCACUGGGGUCUGGGUUGGGGUCGAACUCAAGGAGCCCUACGGCAAGAAUGACGGCACUGUCGCGGGCAAGAGAUACUUCACGUGUCCGAACCGAUACGGACUGUUCGCACCGAUAGACAAAGUGAUUAAAGGCGAGCCCCGCGAUACUUACACUAAGAUCCACACCAUAAACACCACUUCCGAGAGAACUCCCUGGAAACAGACCCGGUUCGCAUAUUAAACUUCUGUCAGUUUGGACUCAUGGGGAUUAGCCAUGGAUUAAGAAGUCAUUUAUAACUUUACUAUUACUUUGUGCUGUGUUUUGAUGCAAAACUUUUGAAUAACAAAUUCUGUGGAGAAAUACCUUUUUUGAAAUACUAUUCCUAUUAUAAAAUUUACAAUAAAAACG